CAUCCAGGCCUCUCUCCACUCCUUCCAGGGGAGGGGGCUCCAGUUUUCCCCCAGUGCACAACGCCCGCCUGCGCCCUGACUCGGCGGCGUCCCGGUUCCAACUUUCGUCACCCGCCGCCCGCCCGGGUGUCCACGCCGGUCUUCGACUCUGCGACUCUUCGACUCAUCGCAACUUCGGUAUUAUUGCCCGGGUACGCGCGCGCCCUUCUUUUGACCCGGUCGCAUCAUCUCUGGCCUUCUUCACGGUACUUACUCGUGCGCGGUCCGUCAUUUCUCUGCGCUCCCACCAAACCACUGUUCCCCCCGCCGCCCACCUUCAACCCCGCCAUCAUGAUGAGCCUCACGGUCGGAGUGCUCGCGCUCCAGGGCGGCUUCUCUGAGCACUUGGAUCUUUUGCGAACCGCCGUCGACCAGCUUUCCUCGGCUGAGGCUUCCAAAACCGCAUUCACCCUCCUUGAAGUCCGCACCCAGGAGCAGCUGGCGCAAUGUGAUGCGCUCAUCAUACCCGGUGGCGAGAGCACCACCAUUUCUUUCGUCGCCGCGCAAUCUGGACUCCUCGAGCCGCUCCGAGAGUUUGUCAAAAUCCACAAACGGCCGACGUGGGGCACAUGCGCCGGCCUCAUCCUGCUCUCGGACGAAGCAAACGCCACCAAGAAGGGCGGCCAGGAGCUCAUCGGCGGCCUCGGCGUCCGCGUGCACCGCAACCACUUCGGCCGCCAGAUCGAGAGCUUCGAGUCCAACAUGGACCUGCCAUUCCUGGACGGCGAGGGCCCCCAGUCAGGGUUCCCUGGUGUCUUCAUCCGCGCGCCCGUGGUGGAGGAGAUUUUGGCGACGAGCGAUUCUCGGCCGCCCGUCGAGGUCUUGGCUAAGUUGCCUGGCAGACUACAUAAGAUGAAGCCCGGCGUGUCGCAAGCAAUCACAAAGGAUGAUUCAGGAGAUAUUAUUGCAGUUAGACAGGGCAAUGUUCUGGGUACAAGCUUCCACCCGGAACUAACAAAGGACGCGCGGAUACACGUGUGGUGGUUGAAGCAGAUUCUCGGCCAAUAGACAAGAUAGAGAUGAAAGAUAUAGAUAGAGACAUUAACGCAUUUACAGGUAGUUUGUUCCUUCAUAAUAUACUCCACCCCGUUCCCCGUCC